AUGAACAUGGAGCUAGCAGUGGCCCUACUGACGGGAGGAAAUAAAUCGGCCACCGGAACUAGCUGCUGCCCUUCCGGCAACGCCAACGGAAGUGCGGCCGAGAUGGGCUGGAGUGUGACUUCCUCCGAGCUGGAGUUCGCCUGGAGGGAAGGAACACCGGCCAGCCCGCCGACACUCGCUGGCAAAUAUCCCGAAGCGAACGGCACGGCCGAAAGCAUACAAAAUAUGGACUUUAUUUCGACCCUGCCACUGUGGCGGCUGAUCGUGUGGAACGUGCUGUUCGCCGGCAUCGUUAUUACGGCCACCGUCGGUAAUCUGAUCGUGGUGUGGAUCGUCCUAUCCCACAAGCGGAUGCGCACGGUGACCAACUACUUUCUCGUUAAUUUAUCGAUAGCGGACGCAAUGGUUUCCACGCUGAACGUUACCUUCAACUACACGUACAUGCUGUACCUGGACUGGCCGUUCGGGACAAUGUACUGCAAAAUAUCACAGUUCGUUGCCAUUCUCAGUAUAUGCGCUUCCGUGUUCACGCUGAUGGCCAUCGCGAUAGAUCGGUACGUAGCCAUCAUGAACCCGCUGAAGCCUCGCAUGGGCAAGAAGGCAACACUGUGCGUUGCGGCCAGUAUCUGGAUCGUCGGUACGAUCAUCUCCUGCCCAUCGCUACUGUUCUUCACGACCUACCCGAUGAAGGACCACAUCCUGUGUUACGCCGAAUGGCCGGACGGUCCAUCGAACCACUCGAGACAGGAGUAUGUGUACAAUAUCGUGUUCAUGCUGCUAACGUACAUUCUACCGAUCGGCUCAAUGACGUACACGUACGCCCGGGUUGGGCUGGAGCUGUGGGGAUCCAAGAGUAUUGGCGAAUGCACGCAGCGGCAGCUGGACAACAUCAAAAGCAAACGUCGGGUCGUUAAGAUGAUGAUGAUUGUGGUGAUAAUCUUUGCCGUUUGCUGGCUUCCGUUUCAUAUCUACUUCAUCCUCACGUCGUACUAUCCGGAGCUGACGAAGAAACCGUACAUCCAGGAGGUGUACCUUGCCAUCUACUGGCUCGCGAUGAGCAACUCCAUGUACAAUCCCAUCAUCUACUGCUGGAUGAACUCGCGGUUUCGCCGUGGGUUCCAGCAGUUCUUCCGUUGCUGUCCGUUCGUGCGCGUCACACCGGACAGUGCCAGCAGCCACCGGCGCACCGGUACGUCCCGCUACUCGUGCUCCGGUUCGCCGGACCACUUGCGCAUAGUAAGAAAUGAUACCGAACGGUCGUUUCUGUACAACGGUUCCCAGUCGCCGACCGGCCAGCGGAAAUGGCAAACCGGUCCCAUGCGACGGGUGAACACGAUGCUGACGAGCCAGCUGAAUCAAACCACCAGUCUGUGCUGUGCGUCCCAGGACAAUCCGCAGGGCCGGCCGGUGAAGGAUUAG